AUGAACCCCAAUUUCGUCGGGAGGGCCAAGAAGGACCCCAAAAACCUGACGGGGCUGGGCUCCAAGAGAGCUGGUGCCGUGUCGUGUAUAGCAAAGACUUUCGAGAGCGUUGAAAACGGCUCUCAGUUGGAGGGUCUCAGGGAUUCCCAGAGGGGCAGAGGGCAGGGACAUCCCCACCAGAGGGGUGAGGAAGGGAGGGAGUCUCAAUUUGGGUCAAGGCGAGGCUUCCAAAGGUCGGAGCCGGGAAGGUCAUCACAGAACCUCAUCAACUACAGACAGCAACGGAGGAGAACGGAAAACAGCGGUGAGGAUUAUCGGGACCAGAGAGCUAGUCAGAUUGAACAAAGGCAGAUCAGCCACGAACAGCAUCAGCAGCAGCAGCAGCAGCAGCAUCAGCAGGAAAGACUCCUUCAGCAGAAGCAGCAGAAACAGAGGUCCCAGCAAAGGCAACAGCACCAACAGCAUCAGCAGCAUCAGCAGCAUCAGCAACAGCAACUCUUGACUCAGCAGCAGGCACAGAAUGGUCAGCAGCAUCUGUCCAGAAAUGGCCUCCAGAGGUCGAGAGGAGGAGACUCCCAAAGGGAAUCCUACAGGGAGCCUCGAGAUUCCUUACAUCUGCCUCGAGCCUCCAUACCUCAGAAAGGCUACGAAGCUCACGAGAACUACGACGAACCGAAGAACGUCGAAGAGCCUAAGCCUCGCGCUAAAGGGAAGCCUCAGGCAAACGCCAGUUUUAGGAUCAACAACGGGGCGUUCUCUAAAACAACGAACUUGGUUGAACCCUCUCCCUCCAGCAACCUCCUGAACCUUACUCCAAAGCUCGUCAGGAGUCCUACACUGGGUGAACUCCUCCGGGGUGACAUGGUGACCUCCUCCUCCAGGUCUUUUGGUGUCCCCAACCCCCGAAGCCCUGAUGUGGCCUCAACUCAGCAGGGGGACUUCAAAGGCCAAGGGGCUUCGAGAGGAAAGUCCUUAUCAGAACAGAAUCUGUCACCCUCUAGGAAAAGCACGGCUAAUAUUUCCCAGAUGAUUAACAAAGGUUUCGUCAGAGACAAUAUGGCUGUCUCUUCGGUUGCUGGACGAAGCAGGAGCGAUGUUGGGAAGCCUCCUACUCCUGUCCCUCAACGUCCUGCAAGAGUCCUUAACCUUCAGAGACAGUCCUCUGGGAGAAACCAACAACGACCUAACCCGAAUAACAGACUACAAGGAAGAACUCCCGCUUCGCAUAGUAGAACAGAAAACGAAACAUUUAGUUGUAGUGCAGUGGAUGAAGGGGAAACUAAAGUAGAGCAUACAUAUGAUCUCGAUGUGAUAGAAAACGGAACGGUGUGUUCACUAGCUAGACGCAUAGAAAGUGGGAAUAUAAAGAAAACCGCGAAUAAUACAGGUAUGUGUGUGACAGUCGUCUUUGGAAUUUGGCCUUUGGUAAGUAAAAUUGUCAUUGGUCUCGUCUGGUAUCUAAAAGAAAAGCCUGGGACAUUGUUCCACCGCUAUCUAAAAGUAGAGGAGAACAGUGUCCCUGGUUUUUAG